GGGAAAACAUUAUCAUUUUGCCUGUUGUAAUACGAUAAAAUAUAUAAUUUUACAUUUGCCAAACUAAAAACCCAUACGGCACAUUUUUUUGGUUCUUUUUCAUUUUUGCAACAUACCAUUUAAUUGUCAAUUAUAGGAGUGUGUAGCAAGAUCAAGAACAGAAUACAAACGUGAUCAGAUAUACUGCAUACAAAGAAGUAGAAUACAAAUCAUCUCAUGUUCAUUCGAUAUUGCAAACUGUUACUUUUGAUUUUUAAAGAAGCGUGAAAUUACUAUAAAAUGUACAGAAAAUUUGGAAUAUGUAUAAUUAUCGUUUAUUUGUUUAAUUUGUUUAAUGUCUAUAUUAAUUAAUAAUUAUCUGAAAAUACAUGAGAAUUUUAAGUUUUCGAAUUUAUUACCUUUUAAAUAGUAACUAUAUUAUAAAAUCUACAAUUUACAGAAUAUGAUUAUUUAAUAAAUACAAGGGGCUAAUUCACGUACUGCGUUAUAUGUUAAUUCUUACAAUUGAUUACAACUCUACCUAAUUUAGCUAAUAACUAUCUAUUAUUAAUCUAUUAUCUAUUAAUCUUCAAACUAUUCAGAUUAACGCUCCUUUAAAUUUUACUCAUCGCGAAUUCGGAAAUGUUUGUAAAUUACUCGAAUGUCAAUACAUAUUCUGUAAAUUAAUCUAUGAACUGCGAUGGCCUCAAAAUUUCCCGCUUCCAUUUUUAUUAAUGAGUAUUUAAUCGCAGGCUCUCGUAGAUCCCUGGGGCACUCCGGUGCUGACUAUAAGUUCGCCACGAUUUCAUCAGAAGAAGGGGAUAUGCCGUAACUCGCGUUAAAAAAAAGAACGUUUUCCAUAUUUAUGUUAGUUAGCGGGAGUUAGUUGGGGGAGAUUGGAUGACAAGAGUCCAUGGUCUUGCUUUUAACUGGACUGCUUUUAGUCUUAAUUCAGCCUUUGACCGAGCGAGUUCGAGAAAUCGUACGUCCCCGGCAUUUACUGUGCUGAGCAUUAUUUACGAAGUGUUUCUCUUUUUAUUUUCCUUUUGAUACAUCGGAUCAAAGACCCUACUUCAUCCGUACUUAGGGCAUUUUACGUUUCCACAUCGACCAAGAUAAGAUAAAUAAGAUAACACGAAGAUAGUAUUGAAAACUUGUACUUAAUCAAUUACUGAUAGUAUUCAUAUAGUAAUCACAUAGAAUCUGUCGCUUGUUAUUUGGAAGGUAUUUUAUUACUGAGUCAAACAACGAAAGAAAGAGAAAAAAACGUAAGGUGUACGUAAUGUUAUUUGUAUUUUGAAAAUACUUCUUUCUGUAGCAUCUUUUUUUUUAUUAAAUAUAUUAAUCAAGGAAGUCUUUAAUACGGAUAAGGUCCAACGUUUGGACCGAAACGUUAUAUAUCUAUAUCUUUAAUAAUAAAAGGAAGAAUUCUAAGCACGUACAACCAGCUUUGCUCACAGCAGUUUUUUUGCCUUUUGUAUAUUAGUUUGAGCUCACUUUUUGUAGUUAUAAUGGAUAAUGUAAUUUCUUUGGGGAUUUUUUGAAAUAGGUUUUCUUACCAAGAAAUCAUGCCGAGUAGCAAAACAAGAAUCGCUAUUGUGGGUGGUGGAGUGGCUGGUUUGGUGGUGGCCCGUCAUGUGGUAUCCAAGUUGAAUAUUUACAGUUUGACCAUGUUCGAACAAACUGAUGACAUCGGUGGUACGUGGGUCUACACCGACGAAACGCAUUUCGACAAGCACGGACUUUUGAUCCACAGCAGCAUGUAUAAGAAUCUCAGGACGAACAUUCCAAAGGAAGUAAUGCAGAUACCUGAUUUCCCCUUUCGAGAUCCGGACGCUCCGUCUUUUCCUAGUCAUACUGUGAUAAGAGAAUAUCUCAUGGAUUAUGCAGAGCAUUUCAAUCUCCGUCCGCAUAUUAAAUUGAACACUCUAGUGAAGCAUAUAGAGCCGGAAACCCUGAAGAAUGGCCAGACACUGUGGACCGUGACGUACGAGGAUCUGGAGACCAAAGCAGAGACCUCGAAAACGUUCGAUGCUGUAGUAUUGUGCAAUGGUCAUUACACUGUCGGUCAUGUUCCACAUAUUCAAGGUAUCGAGAGCUUCCAUGGCGGAUGCAUACACAGCCAUCAGUACAGAGUGCCGGAGGUUUACGCCGGCAAGAAGGUUUGCAUACUCGGAGCGUCCUGGUCCGGCAUUGAUAUCGCCGUCGAAGUCGCGCAGUACGCCGAUAAAGUAUAUCUGAGUCACAAUUUACCGGAACAGAUUGACUCGAAAAUGUCGAGCAACGUUGAGCAGAGAUCCGGCGUCGAAUCUAUCCAAGGAAGCGUCUUCACCUUCCGCGACGGUACCCGCGCGGAAGUGGACGAUUUCAUAUAUUGCACCGGUUACGAGUUCACGUAUCCCUUUACGUCGACUAAAGUUGAGAUACGUACCGACGACAAUCACGUUGAACCCAUCUACAAGCACCUGGUGCACAUGGACUACACGAGUCUGUUCUUCAUGGGCGUGCCGGCGAUCGUGAUACCAUUCCCGAUGUUUCACAUUCAAGCGCAAUACAUCCUCGGGAUACUCGAGGGUCGUGUCCAGUUGCCGUCGGCGCAACAAAUGCGCGAGGAAAACGAGACAGAGAAGCGGUCCUUGUUAGCUCAAGGCAUUCUGUUGAGACACAUCAACAAGUUGAAGGAUAGGCAGUGGGCUUAUUACGACGAAAUCGCGGCCGCCGCAAAUGUGCCGAGUUUCCCGCCAGUAGCCAGGAAGAUCUUCGAUCACGUCAGCGAGAUGCGCAACAUAAACUUUACGACUUAUAAGAAUUAUCAGUAUCACAUCAUCGACAGCGAGAACUUCAGCGUGUCUUGUAGUAAGCCUUGUUAGGGUCUACGUGAAAAAAAAAAAGAGAAGUGAAAUAUUAAUUUCGCAGAACGAUCGCGAAAGCAUCCGGCUCCGGUUUUCAUUGCGAAUUUUAUCAGCAAGUCAUCGGCAAGUUGCUCAAUUGUUACGAUCGAUCUUAUUUCAAGCUGAAAGAAACCUUCGCGCAAUUUGCAAAAGGAUGUUAUUUCGAUCUUAUCGGCGAUUUGUUGCGAUAAUGAGGCUCGACCGAAAGCAUCGAACUCAUUUAUUAACGUGACGAUGUUUACCACACACUAUGACGCGCUUUUACGUGGCAUCGACUCGCAAUACAGCUUGUUAUACACUAAACGAUACAGAAAAGAUAACCGAGACAGAAACGCAGGGUUAUCGUGUCGCUACGCUUGCAAUAUAUUAUGAACUUAUUAGACAUAUAUAUAAUUAUAUAUAGUCUCAUUAAAAUGAUUCCCGUCAUCGGAAAUCUUUAUAUUGCAAAUAAAAGACCAGCAAUCAUACACG